AUUUUCUCUUGUUUUUUACAGACAAAAGCUAAAAUUGACGUCAUAUGGUUAGUGUAAAAUAACUGAAAGGAUGUGAGGAUGGAAGCAAAAGGUGCUACAUAUUUUCUUCUCAAAUAUGGAGAUACCUACAAAAUGCGUUCCCCUCCUCUGCGAGGGCCCGGCUAGUUCGCUAAGAGACGAUUAAACGCUUGCUAUGACGCGCGCCUAACCCUCGGCUCCAUGUCUACUAUGAGCAGAUCUCGCACAAGCCUCUCCCCGGCCGCCUCCGAGAGAUCCACCCUGCCAAUGGGUGCCUCCGCAGAACCGGGGAGUCCAGAGUUCAAACCCCUAGAGCCGACGAGGGAGCAGCUGCUUGCACAUUUUUUCGAAAGAUUCAAAUUCUACACAUCACUUUGUCUUGGAACGUCAGCCAUACUAGCCGUGUUUGCUUUUCUCUUCCUGAUUCCAUUCGUGGUAGAGCCAGCAAUACAAACUAUACUGGCCGAAUUCGUUCCUGAAGCAGGAAUAUGUUCUGUAUCGGCCCAUGUUCGCGCCGAGACACUGACGAAUUGCACGUGGGCAUCUUGUAGAGAAGGCUGUACGACCGCGCACACCAAAUGCCAUAAGAUAAGUGUAAAUCUAGCUAGAACCCCGUUUGUUGAAGGUGGCCCAGUACCAGUCGAAUGGGAUGAAACAGACUUGAAAUUUCUUAUAAACCCUGAAGGUUGUGGAUACCCCCCAAGAGUGAACUGUUCAGUGUUUGCUAAUGAUUACGCUGGACCGGACGCCCCAAAGAUAUUUCCUUGCUACUACAGUUUGACAAGACCAGAUUUGGUGGUGGCGAGGUAUUCUUGGGAUUCUACGAUUCGAGGGCUGGUGUUGGCUCUGGUGCUACCGACGGCGGUAUUCAUCUUUAGUCUAAGUGUCCUCGCGUAUUGGCAUUGUCGUUGUUGCGACAGGGCCUGCAAUCGAAGAGUGCACGCAGAAUCUUUCGCUAGUAAAGAGGAUAGCAAACUCCUGUGUGAGCUGGACGACGAUCCCAGCGACGACGUGUUCUGACGCCGCGCCUCGUCCGCCCGCCGACGCGCCUCCCCCCGCUCGGGUUACGCUCAGCUAUGAAGAAACAUGGCGUAGCUUGGCGUCAUCCCCGCGCGGGUUACGCUCAGCUAUGAAGAAACAUGGCGUUGCUUGGCGUCAUCCCUGCACGGGUUACGCUCAGCUAUAAAGAAACGUGGCGUAGCUUGGCGUCAUCCCUGCACGGGUUACUCUCAGCUAUGAAGAAUCAUGGCGUAGCUUGGCGUCAUCCCCACGCGGGUUAAGCUCAGCUAUGUAGAAACGUGGCGUAGCUUGGCGUCAUCCCUACACGGGUUACUCUCAGCUAUGAAGAAACGUGGCGUAGCUUGGCGUCAUCCCCGCACGGGUUACGCUCAGCUAUGAAGAAACGUGGCGUAGCUUGGCGUCAUCUACGUGCGGAUUAAGCUCAGCUAUGCAGAAACGUGGCGUAGCUUGGCGUCAUCCCUGCACGGGUUACUCUCAGUUAUGAAGAAACGUGGCAUAGCUUGGCGUCAUCCCUGCACGGGUUAUGCUCAGCUAUAAAGAAACGUGGCGUAGCUUGGCGUCACCCCCGCACGGGUUACGCUCAGCUAUAAACAACUCGGCAUUACCAUCACGCUAGGCGUAUUCGUCUAGGCAGCGGAUAAGUUUCUUUUUUGCCAGUUCUUUAUGUCAAUUCAAAUAAGUUUAUUUAUUUAUUUUAAAUAAUGUUCAGUGAUUUUUUUUGAUAUUUGAAG